AUGGCAUCCAACAAUCCUAUAGAAUAUAUAAUGACUUCGGAGAUUACAGAAGAUGAAGAUGAGGAAGCCCUUUAUACCAUUGAUACAGAAGCUAAGAAGAAUAAGAUCAGGAGGAUUAUAGAGUACCAGAAAUCUUUGUACUUUUCUUCAUCUUCUUCGACUUCCUUUUCUUCUGCAGCUGCGUCGUGUUCUUCGUUUUCUUCUUCACGCAGAAGUAGUAGUCUGUUAGAAUUGAUGAAAGAAGGAAGCACUUCUCUGAGAAGAUUAUUUGACAUGGAACAUACAAGUUUGGCAGCACAUUUGAGAGACUACAGUUGCUCACCUGUCAUAAAGCCUAUUCUUUUAUGGGGCAGCGAUACAGAUGAUGGAGUUCAUGAUGAUCCAUGGAGAUCUAUAAAGCAGAUUGGGGACACGGUUCAUUCUAAAAAUGAUGGUCAAAGUGGGUUGGCUUCAGAAGGCAGCUUUUUUGAUGGAGGUACUGUCCACCAGAAUAGAGAAGUUAGAAUGUUUGGCAAGCGCAAGUUGAUUAGAACAAAGUCAUUUAGGAGAUUGCCAAGAUUCAGGGUAGGGAGAUGUGGAGGGUUUACAUUCAGGUUUAGGUUGAUCAAAAGAUUGAGGAUUAUGAUAUGCGGGAGAAAGUUUUGA